GGUAGAUGGCAGGUGAGACCCGGGUGGCCAGCGAUGGCUGCGGUAAGGUCCAGAUGGUGUCCGGAUCACGGAGGCCAACUGAAGGCGGUGGUGGAAGAGCCACGCACCUUGUGGAGCGCAUGUUGUGUUCCCACCGCUGUCUGUCCUGUCCCCGGCGUCCACCGCCCUAUGAGGAGAAAUGUAAGGAUACUAGAUAGCAACUCAAAGCCAUAUGAAGAAAUAAAGAACACUGGUAAAGGAUCAGGAGGAGGAGAACAAAUCUGCACCAUGAACUUGUGGCUCCUGGCCUGCCUAGUGACCUGCUUCAUAGACACCUGGGCCCCCGCUGUCCAAGCUCAAGGCGUCUUUGAGGACUGCUGCCUGGCGUACCAUCCGCAUAUUAAGAAGACUGUGCUCCGGCGGGCCCACAGUUACCAGCGCCAGGAUGUGAGUGGGAGCUGUAACCUACCCGCUGUGAUAUUCCACUUCCCUCGCAGACAUAAGAAGGUGUGUGGGAACCCAGAGGCCAAGUGGGUACAGAAUGGGAUGAAGUUACUGGAUAGUCGGAAAAAGCAUCACCAAGGCACCUCGGGAAACCUCCAAGGCUCGCACACUAUUGGGAAGAAGUUGAGCUCUGGAGCCUACAGGGUUCCACCUGGCAUCAGAAGCAGCAAGAGGAAUGCCUCCCUCCCAAUAACAGCUAACUAGGACUGUGAGACUGCACAUCUGCCGGAUCAAUCAACACAAGAUGGGCUGGAGUUUCUCCAUCGUGACUAUGGCCUUGCAGCCCCCCAGUUGCUCUAUCCUCCAAGCCAACUCUCAAACUCCUGUCCCUGAGUCUGUGUUGGUUCUCUCACCGCUGCCCCCUCCUGCUCCUUAGGCAGCUGUAAGGAGGGAGCUGGCCUCAUUUCAAACCCUUUGUUUUCUUUGAGAACCAGAGCCAGCCCUGGCCAACGGCUCUGAUAGGAAAUCAUCAAGGUACACCACCCAUUUGCAGUCUUUUGUUACCAACUCUGGGGCCACACCUGCCUGUGUCCCUCUGGGCCCUUGCAAAGCUCUAGUCCAUCCAGGGACACCCCUCUUGAGCUGUGCUUUUAAAAAUAAACCU